AUGUCUGACUCCAGCGCUACAGGACUGAUCUUUAACAAGGGUUCAGCCGAUUCCUACACUAGUCGACCCUCGGAUUCCGACCUGUCCCUGGAGGACGACCAGGAGGCGUCUCGGCGCGAAGCCGAGCGCCAGGCUCAACUGCAGCUGGAGAGAGCCAAAUCAAAACCAGUGGCCUUUGCAGUGAAAACCAAUGUUAGUUAUUGUGGGGCUCUGGAUGAAGAUUGCCCAGUCCAAGGAGCAGCCAUUAAUUUUGAAACCAAAGACUUUCUGCACAUUAAAGAGAAAUACAACAAUGACUGGUGGAUCGGUCGACUGGUGAAGGAGGGAGCAGACAUCACGUUCAUCCCGAGCCCUGUCAAACUUGAGGCCAUCAGGAUAAAACAGGAGCAGAAGGCGGCGGCAAGGAAAGGAGGCAACGCGUCAUCUGGAGGCUGGAGAUCCACGCCACCAUCUGCAGCCAAACAGAAGCAGAAACAGACUGAACUCGUCCCCCCAUAUGAUGUUGUUCCUUCAAUGCGGCCUGUGGUGCUGGUUGGACCUUCGCUGAAAGGCUAUGAGGUGACAGACAUGAUGCAGAAAGCCUUGUUUGACUUUCUAAAGCACAGGUUUGACGGCAGGAUCUCCAUCACACGUGUGACUGCUGACCUGUCACUGGCCAAGCGCUCGGUGCUCAACAAGAAGGCUAUUAUGGAGCGAUCCAACACACGGUCCAGCCUCGCUGAGGUUCAGAGUGAAAUUGAGAGGAUCUUUGAGCUCGCCAAGUCCCUGCAGCUUGUCAUCCUGGAUGCAGACACCAUCAACCACCCUGCACAGCUACUCAAAACUUCUCUGGCCCCUAUCGUCGUCUACGUUAAAGUGUCCUCACCCAAGGUUCUGCAGAGGCUGAUAAAAUCUCGGGGGAAGUCACAGAGCAAACACCUGAAUGUCCAGAUGAUGGCAGGGGACAAACUUGCUCAGUGUCCGCCUGAGAUGUUUGACGUGAUCCUAGACGAGAACCAGCUUGAGGAUGCAUGCGAACACCUGGCCGAGUAUCUGGACAUUUACUGGCGUGCGACUCAUCUUCCUUGUUCUGCCCCUGUUAACCUAGCCCAGGACCAAAAUGUGAUCACCCCUCCAUCUGCUAAUUCCAGUCAACAGUUCUCUGAGACUCAAGAGUUAAUCGAGUAA